GUACUAGGUUUCCAAUAGCUGCUCCUACAUGUAUGAUUAUUGAAGUGAGACCUCAGUAUCACAAAUAUGAAGAAACACAACCUCCAACAUUAAGCUAGAUAGAAUCUGUUGUAUUAUUCUCCUUCACUUAUUGUUAUAUGCUUGAGUUGCACUAGGAACUACUAUAAAACAAAAACAAAAAAGUUCUGGUGUUCUGAAGAUGAGGAAAGAAGGAUAAAAUUCCAGAACCUAAUGCCAGUUAGGAAGAAUGGAGGCAGUAAUAUGCUGAAAACUCUAAAGUUGUAUGCUUUUUUAUUUAAGGUGCUUUAAUAUUGGUAGUCUUACAUUAAGUUGCACCUUGUCUCCUCCAAGAACAUUCGUUUUGUGCUGCUUUGCUCCUUGGUUUUUCAUGAGUCUUUCUUAUAACCAAGAGUUCAGUUUUGCUUCCAAGCUCUUGAUGCGAGUGUUUUUGCCAUAUCUCAGACCUUUCCAUAUUAAUACUGUCUUUGUUUAAAGCCAAAGUUAUUCUAUGUUAUUAUGGUGGCUUCGAAUGCCGACUAUGUUGCACUUUAUGUUGCAGCUCAGAGGAUGCUUCUGGCUUCUUCGUGUCGUUGCUUUUCGGUCUUGGUCCAUUGCUUGGUGGCAUAAUCCUUGUGGCAUUUGCUCUUGCAUUCCGUCUCCAACAUGCCCUCCUUAUGGGUUCAGCAUCUGGAAUUGCUUUUGUUCUUGCUGUGUGGCGACCAUUGCAGCUGCUUGUAUCUUCAAAGAUGGGAUUCAUACCUCUCGCAUUCUUACUAACAACAGGAGCAGCAUUCACCCAUACCCUAGGCUCCAGUGUCCUUGGUUUUGGGGGUCGCAAGAAAGUAUCAGCUAACAACUUGCCUUCCGUUUCUGGCUUUCCAAUGAGCAUUCACACCCUUCAAGCAUUCCUCUCUGGUGGAGCAGUUGGGUUGCAUGCAUUGGCCGAAGGACUCGCCCUCGGAGUGGCUGCCCCAAAAGCUUAUGGGCUUGGACGGCACAUGGUUCUUCCUGUUUCCUUGCACGGUCUCCCUAGGGGCGCAGCUGUCGCCAGCUGCAUCUUUGGGGCCACUGACAGCUGGCAGAGUGGACUGGCAGCAGCUGCUUUGAUUGGGUUUGUUGGCCCGAUGUCUGCAAUUGGAUCGAUACUUGCAGGAAUCGAUUAUAGUGGUCUGGAUCAUGUGAUGGUUUUUGCAUGUGGAGGUUUGUUCCCAAGCUUUGCAACCAUUGUGAUGAGAGCCAGCCGAUUGGAUUCGCGAAAAACAAGCAUUGGUGUAGGAGUUGGAGUUGGGUUUGCUGUACUGUGUUUGACUUGUACUAAGCUGGUGUGUCUCCACACUCCUUACUGUAAUUCUGCUCCGGAGGCAGUCAGAUGAGGGAAGGGGAAAGGGAGAAACAAAGUCCACUUAUAUGAUAGAGAUAUAGGGUCGAUUUGGUAAACUAAGCAUAGAUUUGGAGGUACAUGGUGUAUACUGCUGCAUUUGUAAAAUUGUACAAUUGUGUCUUCUGUGACAUGCAAUCUUCUCUGAGACUGAUUUGAGAAAUGAAAUAUUGUGUUCAAC